AUGACCAAAGAUCCGGGGGACAUCAACGAUCCAAAGCCAAGUUUCAAGCGCUGCGUUAAUAAAAUCUUGCUCUCAAUGGGAAUUAUCGAGUUCGUGUUCAUAAUCCGGCUUUAUUUUGAUCGCGGUGUGAGUUUGUCGGACCUAAUUCGCAUCAGUUUCUACCUUUCGUCCCUUUAUGCGCUUUUUGCUUUGCGAAAACUCUCGUUCCGAUGGAAAAAUUUAAUUCUCUACUGGAACGACGUGGAAAUGGCGUUGCUUAACAAGCUCCACAGUAACGACAACGACACCAACCUACUCGCAAAAAUCACAAUUAUCACGGUAAUUCUCAUGUGUGGUGCGAUUUUUGACCAAAUUGUCUAUUGUCUCGACGAAAUCGCCGAUUCCAAUCAGAUAUAUCACCAGUGCAACAUAACGAAAUACACCUCGUGGGAAUUCCUGUUCCACAAAAUGCAUCCGCAGUAUCUCGUUGCGCUGCCUUACCAUGCGGUGCUUUUUCUGCCGGCCGAGUGGGUGAACGCUUGUCUCAAUUUGGCGUGGAACAUGCAAGAUAUUCUCAUUAUUGUGGUGUCGUUGGCGCUGAUUGAGCGAUUUGCACUGUGGAAUUCGCGCGUGCAGCGAUACGAAUUGCAAGUCAUUCCCGGGCGAAUUUGGUGGGAAUUGCGUGAAGAUUAUACGAGAUUGACGGAAUUGGUGCUUAAAGUGGAUGAGCAUUUGUCGACGAUGAUUUUGGUGUCGUGCGCCGCGAAUUUGUAUCAAAUUUGUUCGUGCGUGUACCAGAGUUUAAUACCACGACCGGAUUUCUUGGACAAUUUACAGUUUUGGUACACUUUCCUCUUCACUUUGGUCCGAUCAAUCCUCGUUUUUCAUUUUGUGGCUGAAAUUCACGAAAGAAGUGUCCAAAGCAAACUCACCAUCCGCAUAAUUCCAUCCAAGGUUAAACAAUUAUUUUUCUUACAGGCACAACGCUUGCUCGAUCAAAUGGUUUCCAUGGACAUUGCUUUGUCAGGCCGGAAGUUAUUUUAUAUCACACGCAAGACAAUUUUAAUCAUUUUAGCUACCGUGAUGACCUACGAGAUCGUACUCGUUGACCGGAUACCCAAGGAACCGUUAAAGAAAAGAGUUUGCUAA